AUCUCUUCAAUUCCAUGGAGAACUUUAUGAAUUUAAUGUAAAAAAUCUGUUUAUAAUGAAGAUGAGUAGUAUGUAAAUAUGAAACAGAUACAAAGACGACUGUAACCGAGGACCACAGACUUCAGUGCAGAGCAAGGCGAUAGAAUAUUUCAAAACAACCACCAUUGGAGUUCAGACAGCUCUCAUUGGUCAAUUCCAGCUUCGUUUGUCCCCUAGCGCCUCUAAUGGUCUGGAAUGGAACUACGUGGCUUGUUGCCUCUUCGCCAGUAUAGCUUUCACCCCCGUGGCUAUCUCUUUCAGACUUUCAGUGUGCCGCCGCAUGGGUGAAAUAUGAGAGUUGAGAUAUUGGAAUCUCUCUGGUGUACUUGUCUCAAAUUAGUAGACAGCUUCUGCCAUACUCACAAAUUUCUUCUGUGGGGGCUUCUUUUAAUAUAGUGAUUCAUUUGAUUUGUUCAGAUGUAGCGAACGUGACCGCCUCCGUUUAUCAGGUUUUAGUGACUGAGAGAGAUGGGUAAGUUACUGGUCUGACCCGUAAAUGGGAAGUGAGGUUAGGUGACUGGCACAGUACAGAGUAAUUUCUUGUAAGAUUGAUUUACCUGGUUACCUUGCCUCCUCUGUGAACCAUCUAUAACAGGCCAUGGGUUAAGAUGGCGGCGAAUAUGGGUGUACGCGAUUUUGCUGCUAUAAUGAAUUAUAGCGAUGCAGUUAAAAAGAUAGCGUGUGUGCAGUGCGAAGUGAAAUCGCUAAAUAUAAUGAAUGUAUUUCAAGUUUUCAGUGUGUAAUCAACAGCCUCAGAAGAGAAAACGACGGCCUGAAGUACGAAAAUAUGCAGCUGAAAUCGAAACAAAACAUGGAUGAUCUACCGAAAAAGAGUGCCGGCAAUUUGGAAGAAUGAAAGAAAGUAUCCAACAACGGAAUACAUUAAGGCGGGGGCACACAGUAAGAAAUAGCUAACGGUUGACGUGGUGCUCUACGAAUUUUGUAGCGUCACUUCCUGCUAUUUCACGUUGAGGAGCCAUUUUUCUAACGUGAAACACAAAAUAAGUUCUGCGAUAUUUCGAGGCCGGUUAUUACACUAAUCAAAUCUUUGACAAAGAAAUUUGAUAAAGUUCUGAUCAAAUAUUCCGUCAAUUACAUGGAGGUACUCCAUGGUCAAAUAUAUUUGAUAAAGUUCUUUGACGUAGCGGCAGAAGGGGUAUUUUUCGUCAAUGGUAAAGAUGGCUGAUAACAACAACUUAUUAACCGCAGCAGUUGCAUCUACCACAGUUGCACUGUGUGCACAUGCGGAAAUAAAGGAAACACACCUGGGUGAAGUCAUGGGUUUUACGACGACACGAUAAAAGCAUUCAACAAAACUAGUUAGUGAGCUUAUAGUGGAGGACGUAAAGUCGUACAUCUAUUACUUAAUAAUGGAUGAGCAUACAUUUCUGUAUGUGCUUAACAAAGUGUAUCCUCAUAUCACAAAGCACAAUAUUCACUUAAGAACUGCUACAUCUGCAGAAGACAGUCCAAAGGAUUGCCAAACAAAGUUCUACAACAUGAGGAACAUGUACAAUGUUCAGAAUAGAAAAAGGAAAGAGAAUAUGAGAAGCGGAGUUGGAACAGAUAAUGUAAGUAUUCACCGCUCAUCUAGUGGAUUAUUAAUAACUUGGUAAUUUCCAAUAACUUUAAUACUAGUGUUCGAGAGUACACUCUAACCUGGGAAAGAAGUACCGUACGGCACAUUUCAUAGUUUGUUUUCAAUCGUUUUCCAGAUGUAUACGCCAGCUUUAUGGUACUUUCAUAGGUUAGAAUUUCUGCAAGAACACUACAUCCUCGCAAUAGCCUGGCAACACCAUUAUCGUCGUCAUCCUCACCAUCAACUGAAAACAGUUAUAGUUUUCAGGUGGAUGAAAGCUCAGUUGAUAAUAAUGCUGUGCGAGCUUCCACACAUGAUGUGAUGGUGGAGAAUGAUAGACUUCAAUGAAGAAACUGAAGUAAUAGCUGAAGUACUUUCGCAAGCAACUACAUUGAGUAUAGCACAGAGUGGUGCAGCAAAUAAUUCUACACCAAAAAGAAGGAAAUUGAGUGAGGAAGGGAGCUAUUCAAGUGCUCUUCAAUUAAUAGCUGAAAGAUUACAGACUAAUAGUGAUGAUGAUACAUUUGUGAAAUAUUUGGCCACUGAGAUGAAGGCCAUUAGAAGUCACGAAACAAGAAUGUUAGUUACACAACAAAUUCUCCAACUCUUAUAUGAGGCUGUUCUCAAUCAAUAAAUGGUGUGUGAAUUCCAGUUGUUUUUUGUUUAUCUACUCAUUCUUUCAUGGAACCCACAGAGAAACUUAUUUUCUUAUCAACCCCUAGAGA